AUGAAGAACAAGAUAUCAGAGUCAAGUCCCCGUUUCGCUGACUGUGUCAACAUGCAUGGUCUUAAUACACUACUGAAGGCUGACUCAGGGUGGUGUCGCAAGCUUGUGUGGGUGUGGAUUUUGAUCGCGGCCCUCGCCUUUACGUCCUACAACAUCUCUACACAGAUCAUUCUCUACCUUAGCAAGCCUAUACGUGUCAAUUACGACAUCCUGAGAGGUAGAGUUCUCCCCUUCCCCACCGUCACCAUCUGUAACAUCAACUUCAUUCGACUUCAGGAAGCAAAACAUGAACAUAUCGUGCCGAUGGUUAAGAAAAUGAAGCAAUUUGGAUUUGAGAACCUAAAUGACACGCCACCAUCUUUUGACGAAUUUGACUUCUCUCAAUUCCACUCGCAAAGGGCAUGGGAGAAUUAUUAUCAAUUUAAUGGACAUAGGAUUGAAGAUCAAGUAUUACAGGCAUUUCCUCACAGGACUAUUGUGAUAGUGCCCCUGCCCCUAUCCUCUCCUGUCCCUGACCCAGCCCCUGUCCCUGCCCCUGUCCAUACCUCUAUCCCUGUCCUGUCCUCCCCUGCCCCUGUCCCAGCCCCUGUCCCUACCCCUUUCCUCUCCAGCCCUUGUCCCUGCCCCUACCCCUGUCCACUCGCACCCAUGCCCAUGCCCCUGUUCUUUCCUGCUCCUGACACUGCCCCUGUUAGUCCUGUCCUGCCUCUACCCCUGCCCCUGCCCCUGCCCUCUUCUACCCCUGCCCCUGCCCUUGCUCUCUUCUGCCCUGCCUUUAUCCCUGUCUAUACCCAACCUGCCCCUGCCCCUGUCCAUAACCCUGCCUCUAUUCCCUGCCCCUUUCCACUCCCACCCAAGCCCCAGCUCUCUUCUGCCCCGUACCCUAUCCCUGCUCCUGCCCCUGCCCAUACCCUGACCCUGACCCUGUUCAUACUCCUGCCCCUUCCUGUCAUGUCCUGUCCUCUCCUGCCUCUUUCCCUGCCCCUGUCCUCUACUAGCCCUGCCUCUUCCCCUGUUCUCUCCUGCCCCUGCCCCUAUUCCUACCCCUGUCCUGUCCUGACCCUGCAUCUGACCCUGUCCUGUCCUCUCCUACCCCUGUCCCUGUCCUCUCCUACCUCUACCCCUGCCCCUGUCCUCUCCUGCUCCUGUCCCUGCUCCUGUCCUCUCCUGCCCCUGCCCCUGUCCUCUCCUGGCCCUGCUCCUGUUCCUCCUGCUCCUGCCCCUGCCCCUGUCCCCUCCUGCCCCUGCCCCUGUCCCUGUCCUCUCCUGCCCCUGCUCCUGUCCUCUCCUACCCCUGCUCCUGUCCUCUCCUGCCCCUGCCCCUGUCCUCUCCUGUCCCUGCCCCUGCCCUGUGACGGCUGGGGUCUGUAA